AUGGAGGUUGUUGGGACUGGUUUCACAAUCUACAAAACCAUUGAUGUCUCCGGAAACAGACUUCAAGGAGAUAUUCCCGAAUCCAUCAGUUUACUCAAGGAACUAAUUGUGCUCAACAUGUCAAACAACGCUUUCACAGGCCACAUACCACCAUCUCUACCAAACUUGACCAAUCUCCAAUCAUUGGAUCUAUCUCAAAACGAAGAAGAAGAAGAAAUAGCAGCUGCAAUAGGCUAUGUACCUGGUGUGUUCUGUGGACUCACCAUUGGCCACAUUCUGUCUUCACAUAAGCAUGAAUGGUUCAUGAAGAUCUUUCACUCCUCCACUUAA